UCUAUUAUUCUAAUGUCUAGUGUCUAGUCAAUAAUAAUUAUAAUUAUUCUACUUACCGUUUUACACAUAAUCAGUUUUUUUAAUUAUAUUGAUGGAAAAAAUUUAGCACAUAACUAUAAACUUUAUUUCAAUGCUACAUUAUUGCAAUUUAUACUUAUGUAGGUAUUAUAAUUUCUAGUUAAUAUAAAUAAGAUUUGUUUGAUUUAAUUGAACUAAAAUCUAUUGAACCAAUUACAUGGACUUUUUGACCCUUAAUUGUAUAUUUAUAAAUAUAAACUAAACACUAAUACAAUAUGGAUAGAAAAAAAUUAUUUGCUCUACAGCCGCAUGAAUUGCACAAGGAGUUAUUGGACAAGUAUUUAGAGUACUGUAAAUCUGCUACAUUAAAAAAACGAGAAAAACGCGAUAUUGAUGUUAUACAGGAGAAUCACAAAUUUAUAUGGGAUGAAGACGACGAAGUAUUAACUUGGGAGCAGAAAUUGGCCAAGAAGUAUUAUGAUAAAUUAUUCAAAGAAUAUUGCAUUUGUGACUUGAGUUUAUAUAAAAAAUCUCAGGUAGCUAUGCGUUGGCAAACUGAAGGUGAACUAAUCAGUGGUAAAGGUCAGUUCAUUUGCGGCAAUAAAAUUUGUGAUGAAAAAACACAUCUACGGACAUGGGAAGUAAAUUUUAGUUAUAUGGAACACUACAAAAAGAAAAACACUCUAGUUAAACUCAGGUUAUGCAUGGACUGCUCAAAUAAACUAAAUUAUAAACACAAAAAGAAAGAAAUCAAGCGCCAAGUUUCCAAAUCAAAGAAAGUUAAAUCAAAAUAUUUCGACAAAAAACAAGAAAAAUCUGAUAAUCAGCCAACUACUAGUGUUCAAAUUGAGACACCAGAAACUUCCAAACUUGCGAGUGAAGAUAAUGUUUGGAGUGAGCAACUACAAAUAGAAGAUGAAAAACCAAGAGAAGAUGAUUUUGAAAAUUAUUUAGAACAAUUGCUAUUUUAAAUAAAUUGUUAUUUAUUAUUUAA